CUGCUUCACUCACACCUGGCAACACCGAAGCAAGUAGAGAAAAGAAGGCGACGAGACACUGGCAACUGGCAACUGGCAAACUGCAAAUUCGACGCCGCACGUACCGGGAGCAUUUAAAUAAUUUUGUGUGGAUAAAUUUACCGAAAAGGCACCAACACAAUGACUGAGCGCGAGAACAAUGUGUACAAGGCGAAGCUGGCUGAGCAGGCCGAGCGCUACGACGAAAUGGUUGAGGCCAUGAAGAAGGUCGCCUCCAUGGACGUCGAGCUUACUGUUGAGGAGCGCAACCUGCUGUCGGUGGCGUAUAAGAAUGUGAUCGGAGCACGACGCGCCUCGUGGCGCAUUAUCACUUCUAUCGAACAGAAGGAGGAGACUAAGGGGGCCGAGGAGAAGCUGGAGAUGAUCAAAACCUACCGUGGUCAGGUGGAAAAAGAGCUGCGCGACAUCUGCUCGGACAUACUGAACGUGCUCGAAAAGCAUCUCAUUCCAUGCGCCACAACCGGCGAAAGCAAAGUAUUUUACUAUAAGAUGAAGGGCGACUAUCAUCGUUACCUGGCCGAGUUCGCCACCGGUUCGGAUCGCAAGGAUGCAGCGGAGAAGUCGCUGAUUGCUUAUAAGGAGGCCAGCGAUAUAGCCAUGAACGAUCUGCCCCCAACACACCCUAUCCGCUUGGGACUGGCUUUGAAUUUCUCGGUGUUCUACUAUGAGAUACUCAACUCCCCCGACCGCGCGUGCCGCUUGGCGAAAGCCGCUUUCGAUGAUGCCAUUGCCGAGUUGGAUACACUGAGUGAAGAAAGCUACAAGGACUCUACACUCAUCAUGCAGCUGCUGCGGGACAACCUCACAUUAUGGACGUCCGAUAUGCAGGCCGAAGAAGUAGACCCCAACACAGGUGACGGCGAGCCGAAGGACCCCCAGAUUCCGGAUGUCGAUGAUCAGGAUGUGUCGUAAUUUAAGUAAACCCCCGCCCUUCCAUUUAAAACACAUUAUAUACCUUCUAAAAGUAAAUAUAAUACCAUAUAAUAUAUAUGCAUACAACAAGAACACAACAACAGCAGCAACAACACCGAACCAACACGGCAGCAACAUCCGUAAUCAACGAACGACAAAACAAGGGCAGUGAAGGAAUAAUGUAAGCAACAGCAACAGCAUCAACAACCAACAACAAGUAAUCCAGCAUGCAACAAUCCAUCGUCAGGAACAGAGAAUGAAACCCGAAAUUCAGCACAAAAAAGCCUAAAAUUAAUACAACAAAUGAAACUUGGGUGGCCUGGUGGGCGUGGCUGCUGUUGCUAUUGCAUGAUUCGCGAAAAACUAUGUGGCAGCCACUAAAGCGGCACCUUGUCUCGUGCUGGCUUCCGAAUAAAAGGCAUAAAACAGCAACCACUCUACUACAUUUGAAAUUUUUGCAUUCGAGAAAAAAGCAUUAUAUUAUAUUUAAAUAAAUAUUAUAUUUAAUUAUGAGAAGCAAAACAACAAAACAAAUAAACUUCAUUUAAACCACAAAAAACAAAGCAACCGCGUAACGAAAAUUGAGAAACAAUCACACGAGUAAAAGCAAAUAUCAUCGAGUUGGCAUCCAUUCAUUUUUAAACUAAUAAAGCAAGUUCACAUCAAAAAUAAAUAAAUCUACACAACAGCAACACAUAAAAUACAACUUUAAUUUUAAGCCCAUAAUAAAAGAGAAAGAGAAAAUAAAAUCGAAAACAUAAACAAAUUAAUAAGCGCAAACAUAAAAAUUAAAGAGUCGAAAAUGUAAGAAAGAGUACAGCAAUUAAUUUAAAUUUAAUACAAAUAAAACAUAAAAGCGUAAACAAAACGAAAUGAGCAAACAGAAUGAAAGACCGAAAUAAAGCUAAAAACUAUAUUAAAUGAGAAAAGGGAAUGUUAGUUAAGCGAAAUUUAAAACGAAUUCUUAAGCUUAAAUUUGUAUGUAUGUAAGUGUAUUGUUCAGACACCAGACACUGGCACACCACACACCUACAUAUGCACAGACAUGCAACACACCACAGACACCCACAUUACACACAACACGCAUACGAACCGUUGGUUUUCUCUUAACGUUUCCUUGCUCUCUUACUAAAUUUGGUUUCUGUUUCUGCAUGAUCACAUACAAUUGAACUGGAAUAUUUUGUUCUGUUUUUUGCAAUUCGUUAUUUGUUUUCCAUCGUAAUCGCAGUCGUUUUCUCAUCUCUUACCUUGCGCAAAAAACAAACCAUAAUAAUAAUAUAGAAAAGUAUUUGUAGUUACUAAAUACAAAAAAAAACGGUACAUAUAUAUAUUGUAUACAUAUAUACUUGUAUAUUUUCUAUGCCUACCACUUAUGUAAUUUGUAGAGAUUUCGAAUUUUUUCAAGAAUCUCCCUUCCAGCCCCAACUCCUUCAGAAUAUCCUUUCCGACGACAAAAUGUCGGCAUUUAAAACAGAAGCCCAAAUCCACACCAAAAGAAGAAUUUACAUUUAGUUUAGCCAAAAAAACCAAAUCCCCAACAUCAACAGCAGCAUUAUCUGUAGCGUGUUUGCGUGAUUAGCGAAGAAAUACAAUGACAACGGAAAAUGUCAAGAGCAGAACAGGAAAGUUUUCGCACGAACUUUUUUGCAGCUCUUUAUGAUAAAUGAAGAGCGCCGAAAAGAGGCCAGACUAAUAUUUCGAAGUUGCUAAAAAGGCCCGUGCAGAAAGUUAAUUAACCAUAAAUCAGCAGCAAAAACAACCGCAAUACAAAUGCAAGAAACCAGCAGCUAAACUGACAUUCGUAUUCAUUUCAAUAAAAAUCAUAAAAACAA